AGCGUGCAAGAGGUCAAGAGCUCUGACAGUGAUUUAUCCUGAUGGCGUUUUCCGUGUUUAGCACAGCUUCUUCUACAUAAUCUCUAAAUCUGUCGUCUAUCUCGUGUAUCGAGUCCAGCUCCGUUCUCGAAGGAUUCAAGUCUCUCCCUUUGAAUCAAUCCAACAGUGGGCUUUCUGUCAUCUUUGGUAGCCCCAAUUCACGGCUUUGAUAGCACAAUUUCAGAAGAGAAAGAAUUCGAAAGGGCAGACAAAAUGGAAAACAACAAUAAUGUAGCAAUGGAUUUACGUGAUUGGACAACCAUACGUGGUGACGUCAUCGUGUGUUGCGGGGGGUACGAGGGUCGAUACCAGCUCGACACGGUCGAGGCUUACAGCGACUCGAUGAAGGCCUGGGCCCAAAUGCCUUCGAUGCCAAAACCACGCGACAGUAUGGCCGCGGGAAGUCUUGGGAAAAUUAUCAUACUUGCUGGAGGAAGUGAUCGGAAGAUCCCGUAUGAUUACGUCAUGCUUUUUGAUUGGCUGUCGCAGAGCUGGGAGAAAUCUACGCCUCUGACUACUGCGCGUGCGUCACCGGCCUCUGUGAUGGACAAAUCAGGGGGGCGGCUGCUGGUUUCAGGGGGGUUCAACAAUGUCGCCUUGAAAUCUACCGAGGCUUUCGACAUGCAGACGGAGAAGUGGGUCAGCCUUCCCGACAUGCCUAGCGCACGUGCUAAGAGUGGGGCCGCAAUGGCUGGCGGGCAUUUCUUUGUGGUGGGAGGGGAGAUUUACGGCAGAUCUCUGAAUCUUGUCGAGGCCUUCAACGUCAAAGAAAACAAAUGGAUCACUCUCCCCAGCAUGCGUAGCAAGCGUCGCCGCUGUGCUGUCGCUGGUUUCGACGACAAGAUCAUCGUCUCCGGUGGUCUCACAUCAGACGGAAUCACACUCGACACCAUGGAGCUAUUUGACAUGCGCAACCGGAAGUGGCUCGAGUUACCCAAUAUGCCCUGUGCGAGGUUUGGUUGUGGCGCAUGCGUAGUGAAUAACCGGAUGUUCUUGCUAGGCGGAAAUGAGAAGCUCAAGAUGAAGUCGUGCUGUGAUCGCUGCGACGCCUUUGAUUUGGUUUCGCAUUCCUGGGAAAGAGUCCCUCCCAUGAUCCACCGCAGGCUUCACACCAGUGCCGUCCACGUGACUAUUUGAGAGCCAAUGUUAAACAGUGAUUUAGUUGUUUCUACGGACAGUGUUGAGAGACUAUAGAAUUGAGUUACGAACAAUGCAUGCUCUAGCAGUACUGGGGAGGACAAUGGUCAUAGAUAAGUAGGAAGGAAAUUUUAAAACGGCACCCAAAAAAACCCAAAACGGUCAUUGAUGGCCAGGGUGCCAUCCCCCCACUCCCCCCCCGCCUAUUUCUAACCUUUAUUUAGAUAUUAUAUAAAAAAUUUUCUUGUCUAUCCAAGCCAAGGCAAUUAGUUAAGGGAAUUUAAAAAUAACUUUCGCGGAGUGGAAACGCGGGCUCAAUUAAUUACGGUACUUGGGCUUCGUGAGAGCCUUAAACGACGUCUCCCCCACCCCCACAUCUAGUCUACAGGCCCUAAAUGGAUCCCUCCAAAGGGGCUCCAGGUACCUAAGGUUAAACAGCAACCAAAUUCUUGACUAUCAAAUGAUGUUCUAACUUCUAACUUUUUCUUUAGUUUGUCAGUUGUACCGUACGACAUCGUUGUUUCUUUCUUUUUAUGAGAAUAUAGUUAUAAACAAUUCUAAAGUUUGAAAUGAAAAUUGCAAACGUGAAUACAGAUUCUGAGGAGAGCUGUGGCCAUUUCCCAUGUAUUCAAUUAAAUAUCUAAUGAAAACUCUAUGAACUGAUUUGAUAGAAUGGAAUCGAAUACAACAGGAAGAUUUAAAUUGUAUGUUUAUUAAUAAAUUUCAAGUUAAAUAA